AUGGACUAUCUUCCUCAAAUGAAGGUUUUGAUCAAAACUGUGGUUAGAAAGUUUUAUGAGCCACACCACAGCAUCCUUGUAGACAUUAUUUUAGAAAAUAUUCUUAUUUACGACACAGAACUACAAAAACUUAUGAAAAUGCAUAACAAAGAAAUAAAUAAAUUACUUGUUGCACUUAAAGAAGAUAAAAUAAUUAAAUAUGAAAACAAAGUGGAAGUAUACGAAGAUAAAAGACAAUAUCUAAGAGUUGUAUAUUAUAUUAAUUAUUCAGAAGUUAAAUAUGUUAUUAAAUAUAAAAUUUAUAAAAUUACAAAAAAAUUAGAAGAAGACUAUAAAAACAGCAUUAAAGAAGGGUAUUACUGUACAGCCUGUGAUAAGCAGUUUAGUUCUCUUGAUGCACAAAUUAUUAUGACAAAUUAUAUUUUUAAAUGUGAUGAUUGUAAUGGUGAGCUGGUAGAAAAUGGUACAAUAAACAACUUAGAAAAUUUGUUGAAUGCCAAAUUCAUGAAUAGUAUACAAGAUAUUAUAAUAUUACUAAAAGAACUUGAUCAGUUUGAAAUACCAAGCAUGGAUUUUUUCCAGUUAAAUGAAUUUAAAAAAGAAAUGCUGCAUAAAGUUGAAGAAAAUGAACAGCCACUGGAAGAAAUUACAGAAGAACAAUUUAUUAUAAAUAAUGAUAUGCAUAAUGAAGAUAUAAUUAUAAAACAGUCUUCUGAUGAAGAUAUUAUUAAAGAUACAAGAAAUGAAAUGGUGACUGUUAAAGGAAUAUCAAAAAUGUAUUCUGAAAUUACAGAAGAAGAUAAAGAACAGAUGGAUGAAGAUGAAUAUGAGAAAUAUUUUGAAGUUUAUUCCAAAUACAAUUCUUAA